GUAGGAGGAGGAGUUCCCCUGCGAGAGCCGAAGCCUCUGCUCUGCAUUCCGGCGGAGCGCACAGGCACACACCGGCAGCACCGAGUCCCGGGCCGAGAGUCUUGUUGUACAAAGUAAAGACGGGAGGAAAAAGUUGCUCCGCGCGGGUUUUCUACAGUUUUUCCAGACUCCCUAUUGUUGUUGUUUCUCCGCUCUAGUUGUGGAAUGGUUUACAUUUCAUCCGAGAGCUGUGAGCGAAGGUUGUUUAUGUCCUCUUAUUAAGGUACUCGCCUUAAAUCCUCAUAACGCUGUAACUCCAGACGGUUGGUGCACCAUGGUGAGCACGUCAGAGAGCAGCCGGGGGGCUCAGUCCAGCCCUGCCCAGGGAAGGCCACUGCAGGUCGGCUUCUACGAGAUCAUCCGCACCCUGGGGAAGGGAAACUUUGCAGUUGUGAAACUGGCCAAACAUAAAGUCACCAAAACACAGGUUGGCACCUUUCCUUAUAAUUAUGUGACUGACUUUAAAGAUUUUUUAAAAUGCACGAUCUCUCAUUUUUUUACAAUUUACUUUUUUUUUCAGGUGGCUAUUAAAAUAAUUGACAAGACCAGACUGAACCCCUCCAACCUGGAGAAAAUUUAUAGAGAGGUGCAGAUUAUGAAGCUGCUUAACCACCCCCAUAUCAUCAAACUGUACCAGGUCAUGGAGACCAAAGACAUGCUGUACAUCGUGACAGAGUAUGCAAAGAACGGAGAAAUGUUCGACCACCUGACCUCAAACGGCCACAUGAGUGAAGAUGAGGCACGGAAGAAGUUUUGGCAGAUUCUUACAGCUGUGGACUACUGCCACAGACACCACAUCGUUCAUCGCGACCUAAAAACCGAGAACCUGUUGCUGGAUGCCAAUAUGAACAUCAAACUGGCUGACUUUGGAUUCGGAAACUUCUACAAAUCGGGGGAGCCUCUGUCUACAUGGUGUGGCAGCCCGCCUUAUGCCGCCCCUGAAGUAUUUGAAGGCAAAGAAUAUGAGGGGCCCCAGCUGGACAUUUGGAGUCUUGGUGUGGUGCUUUAUGUUCUCGUCUGCGGCUCUCUUCCAUUUGGCGGACUCAGCCUUCCUGCACUCAGACAAAGAGUCACAGAGGGACGAUUCAGAAUCCCUUUCUUCAUGUCUCAAGACUGUGAAAACCUGAUCCGUAAGAUGCUGGUGGUAGACCCAGCCAGAAGGAUCACCGUGGCCCAGAUCAAGCAGCACCGCUGGAUGCUGGCAGACCCAACAGCCGCCCACCAGACCCUCAGCCAUUCCCUGUCAGAGUACAACUCCAACUUGGGGGACUACAGCGAACCAGUGCUGGGCAUCAUGAACACACUGGGCAUCGACCGCCAGAAGACGAUCGAGUCUCUACAGAGCAGCAGCUACAACCACUUCUCCGCAAUUUACUACCUACUGCUGGAGAGAGUGAGAGAGCAUCGCACCCAGCAGCUGAGCCGCCAGUGUGGGACCUGGAGCCAGAGACCCAGGAGCACCUCUGACUCCACCGGCCCAGAGGUGAUAAUGGAGUCGACCGACAGUUUUAGAAGCACAUCAUUUUCAAUUCCAACCAAAAGCACUCCUCCAGUUUACCCAGAGAUGGAGUUUGACCAAGGUGGAUUGUUCCAGCGUGUGGUGUUUCCAGUAGAGGCCAGCCUGAACAGACUUCUCUGGAACCGCUCCAUUUCACCCAACAGCCUGCUGGAGACAAGCAUCAGUGAAGAGGUGCGACCAAGAGACCUGGAGGAGGAGGAGGCCACACAAAGUCUUGGGCCUCUGCUGCCUCCCACCACCACGUCCCGCAGACACACUCUGGCUGAGGUGUCGGCCCGUUUCCACCAGUGCAACCCUCCAUGUAUUGUAGUCAGUCCCUCAGAUGGUGCCUCAUCUGACAGCUGUCUGAAAUCCUCAUCCAGCCCGGCCCCAACUCUGCAGGCUGCAGUGGGAGACAUGUCAACACUUCUGGCCUCCGGGGCCGAAAGUGGAGCUUUGCUGCCUGCUGGAGUUCCCCUCACCCUCUCCUCCCACCUCCUGCCCCAGGCCCAGGGCAACCUGCCUGCUGCUAGCUUCCAGGAGGGUCGCAGAGCAUCUGACACCUCCCUCACACAAGGCCUCAAAGCUUUCCGCCAGCAGCUGAGGAAAAACACACGCACUAAGGGGCUUCUGGGAUUAAAUAAGAUCAAGGGUCUGACCAGGCAGGUCGUUCCUCCACCUUCCUGUAACCGCGGCAGCCGGGGGUCACUGGGUCCAACUCUCUCUGAGCACCGCAGCAUGUUGGAGGAGGUGCUGCACCAGCAAAGGAUGCUUCAGAUCCAGCACCAACCCCAGCCUCAGGUCCAAGCCGCUCAGACAGGACCUUCCCAGAAUCCCCUGCUCUUCCUGGCCCAGCAGCAAUCGCCCUCUCCUCCACCUGCUACAGUGUUUGCUUCCUCCUCCAUGUUUGACACCCCUGCCCCCUCUACCCUGCCUCCUCAGCAGGCAUCAGUGGCUCUACAGCACGGCAUCUGGAAACAAACCCUCGAGACCUCCUCUUCCUCUGGCUGCUCCUCUUCCUGCUACGCUUCUAGUCUGUCCCCCGUGGCCUCCGCUGCUUACCUCCUCGAGGCUCGUCUGCACAUCAGCCAGCACCCUCACCCCCAAAUCAGCCUGCAACAGCAGCCCCAGUCUGCAACACAAGGCACUUUCGCCGCCAUGUCCAAGCCAGCAGUGUGGAGCAUGAACUCGGCCUCCAGCGCAGAUCCUGACAUGCAGGAGUUGGGUCUGCAGCAGCAGCUCAGUAACUGUGUGAUGGUGAAGUAAAACAUCGAGACCAGAGAUUGUUCUCUUUGUGGAAGAUAAAAUCAUCUCUUCAUUUUGAGCUGAGAAGAAAAGAGUGCAAGUGAAAAGAAAGAACAAAAGAAGAAGAUGCAGGCGACAAACGUUCACUUUAUUUAACAACAUGCGGUACACAUGUGAAUGUGUCCACACAUGCAUGUUGCGUAAACUUUUGAUAACGUAUAAGCUAAAGACGAAGCAAUAACCAAACUCUGGACAAGGCGUUAAAUCUCGUAUCAGACAGCCAGAAAAGCAAUAAUAGACUGAAAAAAUCAUUCAGCUCCCCGAUGGACUCACUUGAAAGAAAUGAGAGCUGACACUAGCUGAUACAUUUAUCUCUCAUGUUUUGAUGCUGUCUAAGUUAACUCUUUGAUUAUAUUGAAUAGAGGAAGGCUCCUUCUUCCUCUUUCUUUUUUUAGACAUGGUUUGUGUCAUUUCCUGUUCUUGCCAUUUUUCACUUGACUGGACAGAAGACCAAAAUUCAUUUUUUUUCCCACUUGGUUCGCCUUUCUCAAGAGACAUUUCUCUGUAGCAGUGCAAUGAACAUGCAGCAUAGUGCCCUAAGCUUCACUGAAGGAGUUGAUUUGAAUUAAAACUGUGAUUUUUUUUUCUGUGCAAGAUUAUUAUAGCUACGCAAAUGCUGCUUUUACCUCAAGCUGCAAAAAGACUGCUACAUCCUCAUCAACCAAAACUGAAGGAAGACAGUGUCCCGCUGAUUGAGUCAAGCACAACCGGUACAUCAGUCAGCUCGGUAGCACCUUACACAUGUGGAUUCCCUUCGCUUGAUAAGCACCUUCUUGUUAGAUGCUUUUACUACCUCCACAAGCAAGAAUUUGGAAACCUAUACAAAACAAUUCCCCUAACAAAAUGUUGUCAGUCCCAGAUUAUCAGAGGAUUUUCAGAUCAAAGACUAUGGGAACAGUGCAAUAUUUCACAUUGAAAUACAAAUGAUGAGGCUCUACAUAGGAUGGUCAAAAUGUAUAUUUGCCUGAGGUUUUUGUGUUAUAACUUUUAAUAUGUCUGUUUGCUGUGCUAGCUAGCUGACUAGAACAGGUACUAGUUAUGUAACAUAAUAACAUGAAACUGUAGAAAUUAAGAGAAAAGGCAUUUCAAAGUGCUGUUUCCUCACACAGUAUGCUUGUAGUUCUUUAACUGAAAGGAAGAAUUUGGGUUUUACCAAAGAACGAACAGCACAAGAGAUGGGUGAUCUAUCACAGAUACACACUACUGACUUUUCACUUUGAUUGCUGUCUCGAAAUGUAGCACGGUGGUUAGCGAGCAUAUUUCACAUGAUCUCAUGAGCUUUUGCUGUGAGAUAAAAACUCCUGCUGCUACCGAAUCCUGAUGCUACACGUGUUGUUAAUAUCUCUAGCUUUUACUAUCAGGACCAUGGCGGUAUUCAUUUUUGUACUUUUCUAGAAAAUAAGAAAAAAGAAAAAAAAAUCAGAACAUAGCAAUACCAUGUUGUGCUGGAAGUUGAACUUUCUUCAGUUGUCCAUAAGUGGCUAGAAAUAGAAACAAUCUGCAACAAACUGAUUUAUUUGUGGGGUCAGACAACGUAUUAGAAAGCUGAAGAGAUGUGUGCUAUUGUAGUUUAUCCUCUCAUAUCUGUGAAACAACUUGUAGAAGAGCAGUGUUUUUCCAAACUCAGUUCUGCGUUGGAAACUUGCAGUGUUGAUAUCUCUAUCCAAACAAUUUUUGGUUGAUUGCACUCACUACCAACACCUGUGCCUUUGAACAAACCCCCAUUCAGAGAUCUCCAAUCAUUACGCUGAAGAAAGAAAGAUGAACGGCUCUGUUACUGGCCCUUUUGAUAUCUUCUCUGACCUCUCUUUCUCCGAAUCUGACCUUUGAACUUGCUGCAUCAACAGAAGAAAGAAUUGCACUUUAUUCAUUUUGUUUUGUUUCUCAUGAAGAAAAAAAAACUUCACAAAACUAUUAUUGAAACACUAAGACUCGAUGCAAAUCUGUAAAAUGACCCUUUUUGAUAAAUUUUGGAUAAUAAGAUGUCAUUUACUUUUUUUGUGAUUUGUUACUUGACUGUGUGAGCAUGUGCAUGUCUGUGUGCGUGCGCGUGUAUGUGUAUGUGUGUGUGUGUGUGUGUGUGUGUGUGUGUCUGUGUGCAGGGAGAAAGACGAAGAGAAAUUAAAGAAGAGAGAAUGUUAGUUCAUGAAAGAUUGUUUAUUUAUGUGUCUAUUUAUUUAAAUAAAGUUCACCUCCUAAA